AUGAUUCCCAAGCAACAACCGGCCGCCAUGCCGCCGCCGACUCCGCCGCCGCCGCCGCCGCCGCCGCCAGCAUCGGCCGUUCCCAAAGGAGUCAGUACCGGCGGCAAAGGGGAAGGAGGGAAGACCGGGGGGGCAACUACGGGGGGUUACGGCGGUGGGGGGGGUGUUGGUAGGGGCCCGGGACGCAGAGGCGUGCCGACCAAGUUCCUGUCGAUUUUGUACGACAUGCUCGUGGAGGGGAACCCACAGGUUUGGUGGGAGCGGGAGACCGGGAGCGUGGUCAUCGAAGACCCUCAGCUGUUUGAGGAAGAGACGAUGCCACGUUUUUUCUUGGACCCCAAGGUUGCCGGGUUUCUCCGCCAGCUGGCCUUUUACGGUUUCAAGAAGCCGGGGAGGAGCGUUAAAGAGCAGGGGCGGUAUCAGCACCCGGAGUGCCGGUGGAAGGACGUGUCCUGCGUCAAGUUCCUCCUGACGAAGAAGGCGUACGACCUGCGAAGGCUCGAGAAGGCCAUUCGCAACACCUCGGCGGUUGCCGGGCCGGACGGGUCGCCUUCCGGCGACGGCGGGAGGACGGGAUCGGUCGGUGCGGUGGGGCAAGGGGAGGAGGGUGACGCGGCGGAGGUGGAGAGGACGGAGUUGGAGGUGGCGGCAGAGGCGACGGUGGUGAGGGGGAAGAGCGUGGGGAGGCAGGUCAGGAAGGAGCUGCGGCAGAUGAUGAGCAGGUCGCAGCUUGGGUGCUGGCAGGUCGAGCAGACGGCUAAGCUCAUGAUGAAGAUCAUGCGCCUUAACGCCAAGCUUGCGGAGGGCCUCAGACAGUGCCGGGCACGGGGAGGGCCUCCUGUUCUCCGCCGGUACAACAUGAACAACCCGGCCUUGGCGAAGGUUCGUUUGGAAAACGCAAGAUUGAGGAGGAGGGUUCGGAGGCUAGAAGACGAGGCGGAGAGACGGGGGCUGCCCCUCACUGCCGGUUAGCUGACAUGUAGAAAGAAGGGAUGCGGUGAUUCGUCGACUGGUUUGGUUCCCAGCUGGUGGGACUCACACCUUCUCCGUCGCGCCGGAGACUGGAUAUUGUUGAAGCGCUUCGAUGGGGUUGCUCACGCCAAAAACAUGCGUGAUGCGUGCGGCUGGCUGCUACACACAUAGCCACGGGGUUUGGCUGUGGCAGCGGUUGCGCCUUUCGAGGCGACAAAGGAGCGGUCCGCCGGUGUUAUCGUUUGUAUUUGAGAGGACGGCCCUCCGCUUUUGUUGCUUGGGAAAGUGUCUGCGUGUGUUUGUUUGCAGAGUAAAUUAUUGUUGAGUAUUUCGACGAAAAAAGCGCACCCCGUGUGUACUAAAGGCUGGUUUGGGGUCCAGAAUAGAGGGAUGGGAUACAGCAGUAGUCCGUCCGCCAAUGCAUUCAGGAUGAUCUUCGCGCGCGAGUGGCUUAUGGUGUAUUGACAAGUGUAUUGACAUAACGAAUGACAAGCAAGCGCGAUGAAACAUGGGACACCGCAUGGAUGGGUCCUUCAACCGCCCUAGUAUUCUCUCUUGGUCAU